AUGGCUUAUCGAAACCCAUGGGCGCGCGAUCGUUAUGGUAGGGUGGUCUUCCUGCCGGCUCAUCUAUCACCAAGUCAGGGUCAGGCUUACGACACAAGUCGCAGUUCCUCUAUACAGGGCGCUGCAUCGCAACAGUCGCCCAUGUCGCCAAGGAAUCAGGCUCCGCUAGUUACGCAGCGAGCUCCAUCGACAUCUUCCACGGCAACCCGAGGUCCGUCACAGCAGCAGCAGCAGCAGCAGUCACGGCAGCCACUAUGCCAACAACCCGUUCCUGGUACCAUGGUAUUUCAUCUACAAGUGUCCAGCAGCCCGGACGGGUAUCGGAGCACGGUGGAGAGCCCACCCACCUCGGACCCCAUUCUCCUCAUGCCAACACAUGUAAAGACUGUCCAGCUCCAUGACCGUGUGCACGGCACUAGUCGCACUGUCUACUAUCCUGCCGGUCUCAGCAUCAGGGACGCGAAGCUUCAACUUCUCCCAUCUGGCCGUCCCGACGUGGUUCUGGCACUGAAUGUGCUCAGCCAUCGAAAGGAAUUCAGCCUUCUGUCUGGAUUUGUUGAUGGCCUGGGGCUGGAGGACUUUAUCAAGGAAUAUAAGGAUGCUGUUGCUUUUGAGCUGGGACGGAGACCUGGUGAGAUUGAGCUGGUGCUGGCUACGAAUGAGGCUUUCGAUCGACUCUCAGGUAGGCGGAGCGAUGGGGAUGAUGGGAGGCGGGAAGGGCGGCGGGAGAGAAGGCGAUGGCGUGCACUAGACCGUGGCGGAGAGUUGGAGCCCGAGGGCCAGUUGUGGCAGACAGAGAUAGGCUCGUCUGUUCGAUCCUUUGCCAACAGGUUCAUCAUACGAUCCCAGAUCGUUUGCUACAAGCAAAUGAUGGGGAUGACUCACGAUCGACUAGCCGUCAUUACACCAUGGAAUGUAUGGCUAUAA